CACAGAUUGAGUUAGGCUAAAAAACGCAUAGGUCGAAUCUAGGCACGGUGUAUUCCAGCGUAUACUCGUAUAGUAAACAAUAUCAAAUCGAAAUAUUUAUUAUUUACCCGGGACUUUUUAAAAUCUUUGUUUCAAGUAUAUAUUUCCUUUUGAGAGUUAGGCCGAAACGAAUCGACGUCGAGAGGAACGUACCAGGAGGACAGGCUACAUACCGGCAAACAAAGAAACCCUUUCUCAAAGAAUUAAAUCCUCAUCACUCUUUAGUUAUGAGUCAUGUGGCCGUCGAAAAUGUACACGGUCUAGAUCAGCAGCUUGCUGCCCUAGACUUGAAUCCUGCCGCUGACGUGCAGGGAGGAGGCUCUGGAAGGCGUUACAUUCCACCCCAUUUAAGGAACAAAGAAGCUUCCAAAAAUGAUUCUCCAGGAUGGGACAGUGGGCGCAGUAACGGCUUCGUGAAUGGAUACCACGACGGCCGUGACAACCGCAUGAAUGGCGAGCGCAACAGUUUCGGUGGACGUGGCCCCCCACGCAACGACCGCGGGGGCAGGGGCGGUUACCGUGGCGGCAGGGGCAGCAGCUCCUACAAUCCCAUUCAGCCCAUGCAGAACACAGGCUUUGUCUAUGACAACAAAGACGGAGGGGGAUGGAACACCCCGAAAGACAACGCCUACAACAGCUUCGGUGGGCGUUCCGACAGGGGCAAGUCCGCCUUCUUCAACGACCGCGGCUCUACGCCCAGGGGAAGAUAUGAGCGCGGAGGUUUUGGCAGCGGCAACGGCAGCGGCGGUGGAAACAGUCGCUGGGUUGAGGACUCCAGAGAUGACGAGGACUGGUCCAAACCACUGUCGCGCAACGAGCGUCUGGAGCACGAGCUGUUCUCUGGAAGCAACACAGGGAUUAACUUUGAGAAGUAUGAUGACAUUCCCGUCGAAGCCACAGGCCAUAACUGUCCUCCUCACAUCGAAAGCUUCCAUGAUGUGCAGAUGGGGGAGAUUAUCAUGGGGAACAUCGCUCUGAGUCGAUACACACGACCCACUCCCGUCCAGAAGCACGCCAUUCCAAUCAUCAAGUCCAAGAGGGACCUCAUGGCGUGCGCACAGACAGGCUCUGGGAAGACUGCAGCCUUCCUGCUGCCAGUGUUGAGUCAGAUUUACACUGACGGACCCGGAGAGGCCCUGCAGGCCGCGAAAAACAGCUCCCAGGAAAACGGGCGAUAUGGCCGGCGUAAGCAGUACCCCAUUUCUCUGGUUUUGGCUCCGACCAGAGAGCUGGCCCUGCAGAUCUAUGACGAGGCCAGAAAGUUUGCGUACCGCUCCCGCGUGCGCCCGUGCGUGGUCUACGGAGGGGCUGACAUCGGGCAGCAGAUUCGGGACCUGGAGAGAGGCUGCCAUCUGCUGGUGGCCACGCCCGGCCGACUUGUUGACAUGAUGGAGAGGGGCAAGAUUGGCCUGGACCACUGCAGUUACCUGGUCCUGGACGAGGCCGACAGGAUGUUGGACAUGGGAUUUGAGCCUCAGAUCCGUCGGAUUGUGGAGCAGGACACCAUGCCCCCGAAAGGCCUCCGCCAAACCAUGAUGUUCAGCGCCACCUUCCCCAAAGAGAUCCAGAUCCUGGCUCGUGACUUUUUGGAAGACUACAUCUUCCUGGCGGUCGGUCGUGUGGGCUCCACCUCGGAGAACAUCACCCAGAAGGUGGUUUGGGUGGAGGAGAAUGACAAGAGGUCAUUCCUACUCGACCUGCUCAACGCUACAGUUAUCCCCAACGAGGUUCAGGAGAGUCCUGGGGAAAAUCUAGAAAAACCUGGUAAAGACUCUCUCACCCUCGUGUUCGUGGAGACGAAGAAAGGCGCCGACGCCCUUGAGGACUUCCUCUACCGCGAGGGCUAUGCCUGCACCAGUAUCCAUGGUGACCGUUCCCAGAGAGACCGCGAGGAAGCGCUGCAUCAGUUCCGUUCAGGGAGAUGCCCCAUCCUGGUUGCCACUGCUGUGGCAGCCAGAGGUCUGGACAUCUGCAACGUGAAGCACGUUAUAAACUUUGACCUGCCCAGUGACAUCGAGGAGUACGUUCACCGCAUCGGACGUACCGGCCGCGUGGGCAACCUCGGUUUGGCCACGUCGUUUUUCAACGAUAAGAACAGCAACAUCACCAAGGACCUGCUGGAUAUCUUGGUGGAGUCGAAACAGGAGGUGCCGUCCUGGCUGGAGAGCUUGGCUUAUGAGCACCAGCACAAGAGCAGUAACCGCGGCCGCUCCAAGAGGUUCACCGGCGGUUUUGGAGCCAGAGAUUACCGUCAAACCAGUAACAGCGGCAGCAGCGGAGGCUUCGGCGGGCGCGGCGGGCGCAGUGCCGGCGGCCACAGCGGAAACCGAGGAUUUAGCGGUGGUAAGGGUGGAUUUGGCAACUUCUACAGUAGUGAUGGCUACGGAGGAAACUAUUCCCAGGUGGACUGGUGGGGAAACUGAACGACCCCCCUCCCUGCCCUGCCUCUCACCCCGUUCCCAUCACCCUCCACCUUUCCACACCCCAAACUCCCCCACGAUCAUGGUGGGUCACUAUGCCAAACAUGCAGAAUGGAAACCACAUGCUAACUUAGCCAGACUAUGAACCCCAUGUAGCUUUCAAGAAUUCUGCAGUACAUUACCAGCUGUGAUUCUCUGACCACAUCCUGAAAAACGCCAGCUCAUCGUCGCCAGGGUAACCGGAGCUCCGGACGCAGCGGGGAACCAGUCUCCAGACGCUCCGUCUGCUGGAAGAAUGGGGAAAGAAGAAAAAAAAAAAGCUGAAAAUGAGCUUGAUUAGGUUCUUGGACACUCUCUCUUUUUUUCCACUACAUCUCAUUUGUUUGUUUGUACUAAUAGAGAAUCAUUUGUUUGUUAAUGUACUGUGCCUUCAAAUUUAGACUCUUUGUUUUGCUUUGAUUUUUUUUUUCUCCUUUUGACGUCAUGCAGGCUGUCACUUGGCCGAAAACUCGAUUUUGUGUUUUUUUUUUUCUUUCU